AUGAGUAAUUAUUUUGUAAAUAAAGUCGAAGGAGCGCUUGGGAUGGAUUUAAAUGGAGAUGGAAAAAUUGGUGGUCCAGGUAUAACUUCCAAGCUCGAACAAGCAACCCAUGUUGAUUUCAAUCGUGACGGUGUUAUUGGACAUAGACCAACACCAGGCGGAGGUCUUGUUGGUAAAAUCGAACAAGUAACACAUAUUGAUAUAAAUAAAGAUGGACGUAUUGGUGGUGGUGCUUAUCGUCCACAUUAA